GUUGCCAGGGGAUCCCCACACCGGAAAAUCGACAAAUCGCAAAUGAGGGGGGAAACUGCCGCUGUGUUGUGUUGUGUUGCGCCCAGAUUUAGACUUGACUUUUUGCGACAGCGACGACACCCGACGACAGAGCACCGAGAGCGUCUGCUGGCCGCCAGACGACAAGAGCGACGACGGAAACGAUAGCUUUUACGAAUUAACGACCUGUCAGCGAAAGAACAUCAUCCUGUUCCUGUACUCUGCUAUUGCGACCCGAUCAUCACCACCACCACAACAUAACAACCCCGCGCACCGCGAUACUUCUCCUAUCCGCCGUUGUCCACCAUGGACAACGUCAGCUUCGAUAUCAACGAUGCGCUCAAGCAUUACAUGAGUGAUCCAGCGGCCAUUCCAACCCCCGAGGCCGACAGCGCGCUGGUUGACUGCGAAAAUGACCCCGAGUCCCUCUCGGACAAUGCCAUCAUCAACGGGGUGCUAAAUCCCAUUGUGGAUGCCGUUGCCGAGAACCCAGAUGCCAUCACCAGAAGCAGCAUCUUCGAUUCAUUACAGUUCCUACUAAAGUGUGCACCCAUUUCCCCUGUUUCUUCUUCGCUUGUUCCCAACAACUCCUUCUCCUCUUCGAUGAUGGCAGGAACGCCUCCUUCCAAGGAGCCCCGUCCACCAGAUCCCGGUGCGCCAGCUUGUCGUAUGAAAGAACCUGUUUCUGAACUGUUUAAACUAUCCAGGUACACAUCCUAUCUCUCCGCCCAUGCUCUGAGCAAGAUAUUUGAUUUGAUCACCUCCGGGAUGGCCACCGAGGCCGAUGUCAUCCACCAUGACCUCGAAUCUGACGAGCAGGAACUCAUCGCCCACCACAAGAUGCUUCUCGAGAUGUACGGUUUUCUUCUUCAGUGGACGAUCGCCGCCGUCGAGACCAAGGCGGCCGAAAAGUCCUCCGCCAACAUGCCAGCACGCCGAGGCAAGCCAAAAGGCAGGAAGGAGGUCGGCAAGGACGGCAGCUGGGACUCUUCGACACAGCUCGAGAUUGCCCUCAACACCAUGUGCAAGGUUCUUCGGUUAAAGUUGGGCAGGAUCUUUCUCACAACCUCGGAGCGCGACACCUUCAUCUCCCUGCUCACCCGCCCGGUUUAUAUGAUACUCGAGAGCGAGCAGCGGGUUAAAAAUACCAGCAUCCGAAUGCACACCUUCAAGGUGCUGUGUGUGGCCGUCAAGCAUCACGGGCAUGCUUAUGCCGCCCAAAUCUCCAUUGUACAAAAUCUCACAUAUUUCGAGCAUCUCUCGGAGCCCAUGGCCGAGCUGCUCCACAUCCUGGCCGAACAAUACGACUACCCACAGCUGGCAGAUGAGAUUCUGAGAGAGCUGAGCAACAAGGAGUUCAACAGCAAUGACAACAAGGGACCAAAAUCUGUUUCGACCUUCAUGGUCAAGCUGUCCGAGCUGGCCCCCAGACUGAUCAUUAAGCAAGUCACUCUGUUGGCCAAGCAGCUCGACAGUGAAUCGCACACCCUCCGCAGCGCCCUCAUCGAAGUGUUUGGAAACAUGCUUGUCUACCUCAGCAAGUCGGAUGAACGAGGAGAGAACCACAAGUCACAGAUGAAUGCCUUUUUCGAUGUGUUGGAGGAAAGAUUCUUGGAUAUUAACCCCUACUGCCGUUGCAGGACGAUGCAAGUCUAUCUCAAGAUUUGUGAGCUGGAGCAAAAGUUUCCCAAGAGGAGACAAAAAGCCGCCGAGUUGGCCUGCCAGAGUUUGGAGGACAAGAGUAGUCACGUCAGGAGGAACGCCAUCAAGUUGCUGGGCGCGCUGAUCAGGACACAUCCCUUCACCGCGCUUCAUGGUGCACAGCUCGCGAGAAAGGAUUGGCAGGAUCGGUUGGACAAGGUGGAUGCCGAGCUUGAUGCUCUGAAGCCUCCGGUUGAUGCGCCAGGCCUUGACGGGAACGCCAACACCACCGUGGAUGCCGGACUGCUCGACGAUGCCACCCAGAUUGACGCGACACAGCUCGACCCAUCACAAAAGUCGCCUGCCGAAAUGACCGAGGAGGAAAAGGUGGCCGCCAUUCGUAAAGCCCAAGAAGAGGCUGCCACAUCAGAGGCUAUCGAGAAGCUCACUCUCACCAAGAGAUACUACAGCGAGGCGCUCAAGUUUAUCGAUGUUCUUCACGAGGCCACCAUCACCGUUUGCCAGCUUCUUGGCUCCAAGAACAAGAGCGAGGUCAUUGAGGCCAUGGACUUCUUCGAGAUUGGCGAUGCCUACAAUAUCGAACAGAACAAGGUUGGCAUCCGGCGCAUGCUGAGACUGAUCUGGACCAAGGGCAACAGCGACGAGGGCAAGGGUGUGCAGACUCACCUCAUCGAGUGCUACAAGCGUCUCUUCUUUGAGGCGCCCGACAGCUUCAGCCCCAACGAUGCGGCCAACUACAUUGCCCGCAACAUGAUCAGUCUGACUUUUGGUGCUACUCCUGCUGAGCUCACCUCGCUUGAGCAGCUGCUGGCUACCAUGAUGAAGCAGGGCAUGAUUCCCGAGAUUGUGAUUGCCAAGCUCUGGCAGGUGUACGGUGUCCAGAAGAGGGAGAUUUCGCGCAAGCAGAGAAGGGGCGCCAUCAUUGUGCUCGGUAUGCUGGCCACUGCCAGCCCAGAGAUUGUCGUGGGUGAGAUGGAAACCAUGUUGCGCACUGGUCUCGGGUCUCACGGCCGUGCCGACUUGCAGCUUGCCAAGUUUACUUGUGUUGCUCUUAGGCGCAUCAACCCAAGUGGCCGCUCAGCCAAGGAGUCUGCCAUCAAGUUCUCCAGGCUGUCUAACGACCAUGCUGUUCUUGCCCGGCUCGCUGCCAUCACCGAGGUUUCUACCGAGAGCAAGGAGUGGUAUGGCGUUGCUGAGCAGGCUAUUAAUGCUAUCUAUGCUCUGUCAAGACAUCCGGAUGUGCUGUGCUCGGAGAUUAUCCGGCGCAAAACCAAGUCUGUUUUCUCGCCGCAGGCGUCCAGGCCAACAUCGAGGGAUGAGUCGGUCCCUUUGUCAAGUGCGAGUCCACCGGCUACUCAAGAUGGUGAGGAGGGUGAUCCAACCCUUCUGGCUCCCCCGACACAAGCCCCUCCCGGGUCCAGCCAGCCACCACAAUCCCCUUCCAAGAAACAAAACAAGGACAACACCGUCGCUCUUUCGCAGCUGUUGUUCAUCGUUGGACAUGUCGCCAUCAAACAAAUUGUACAUCUUGAGCUGUGCGAAUUGGAUUUCAAGCGCCGCAAGCAAGAAAAGGAAAAGUCCGCCGCCGCCGCCAAGGAUGCUUCGACCCUCUCUGCUGGCACCACCACCUCGACCGGGCGCAAAGCAGCCGGCAACAAGCGGAAAUCCGCCGCCGCCCCGGCACCAGAAGAAGACGAAGGCGACGAGCUCGACCUCAUCGGCGGCACGACAGAAGACGACUUUACCGAAGCGAUGGCGCACAUUCGCGAGCGUGAGCUCCUGUACGACGGACGGUCCUUGCUGGCCAUCUUUGGCCCCAUGGUCAGCGAGAUCUGCGCCAACAACACCACGUACAAAGAUCGCAACCUCCAGCAGGCGGCCACGCUGUGCCUGGCCAAGCUGAUGUGCGUCUCGUCUGAGUACUGCGAGGCGAAUCUCCCUCUGCUAAUCACCAUAAUGGAGCGCUCCGCCGACGCGACGGUCCGGUCCAACGCUGUCAUUGCGCUUGGGGACAUGGCUGUGUGCUUUAAUCAUCUUAUUGAUGAGAAUACUGAUUUCUUGUAUCGUCGUCUGGCGGAUUCGGACGCGUCGGUCAAGAGGACUUGUCUCAUGACGUUGACGUUUUUGAUCCUGGCUGGCCAGGUCAAGGUCAAGGGCCAGCUGGGAGAGAUGGCAAAGUGCCUGGAGGAUGAGGACAAGAGGAUUGCGGAUCUGGCGAGGAUGUUCUUUACCGAGCUGUCGACAAAGGACAAUGCGGUUUAUAACCACUUUGUGGACAUGUUUUCGCUGCUGAGUGCCGAUCAGAGGAUUGAUGAGGAGAGUUUCAGGAGGAUAGUGAGGUUUUUGUUGGGGUUUGUUGAGAAGGAUAAACACGCCAAACAGCUGGCGGAUAAACUUGCCGCGAGGCUGCCGAGGUGCGAUACCGAGCGGCAGUGGAACGAUGUUGCUUUUGCCUUGGGGCUGUUGCAGCAUAAGAAUGAGGAGAUUGCCAAGGUGGUUUCCGAGGGGUUUAGGGUUGUUAAGGGGGCUGCGUAAAGGGGGUUGUGUUUGGUGUUGGAUUGCGUGUUGUUGGUCAAAGUUAAAAUACCAGAGCAUCAUGUUUGUUGUUUAUAUCACGUUGAAGGAAGCUUUUAUUUCUCGGGUAUUCGAAACGUUUAUGUCCAAGUUGUAUCGUAGGUGGGUGACUGACGGCG